UGUUCUUCGCUUUUCAUGAAUGCUCAGAUUUACUCGCAAAAGGGAAUAAAAAUGCUCCACUCGCCUUUCUUCGAUUCUACUAAGACCAAGCUUCCCCUAUUCACUUCUGCUCCUUCCAGUAACUCUGUUCGUUCACGGAUUGCAUGCUUUACUCUCUUAGAGAUGGGAUUGAGAUCAAGUAAACAUGUAUUUGGCAGCACUAGGAAAGGACUUAUCAGUGAGACAAGUGGUAAGGCCAGAUUUAAAGCUACAAAUGUUUAUGGUCGCCGCGCUCAAGAAACUGUGCUUGAGGAAGAAGCAACACAAGUGUCUGAGAUCAGCUCGCCAAUGAAAGUCUCUCCAGGCCAGGUUUUUCCACUUGGAACAUCUGAAGUUGAAAGUGGGAUCAAUUUUGCUAUUUUUUCACAACAUGCAACUGCUGUUACGCUUUGCUUAUCGCUCCCAGAGAGGGGAAAGCUUGAUGGACAGGAUGCUGGAUUGUUGGAACUAGCAUUGGAUCCUCGUGUGAACAAGACUGGAGACAUAUGGCAUAUUUGUGUGGAGGAUCUGCCCCGGCGUGAUGUUCUUUAUGGUUAUCGCAUUGAUGGUCCUCGAGGCCGGGAUCAAGGACAUCGAUUUGACAGCAGUAUUGUCCUUCUUGACCCUUACGCAAAACUAGUUGAAGGCCGCAGAUUUUUUGGAGAUGUCAACAAUAAGAUGUCUAAAUUUCUUGGAACUUAUGAUUUUACUAGCUUGCCUUUUGACUGGGGAGGCAACUACAAGCUUCCCAAUGUGCCUGAGAAAGAUUUAGUUAUAUAUGAAAUGAAUGUUCGUUCAUUUACUGCUGAUGAAUCAAGUGGGCUGGAUCCUGGCAUACGUGGUAGCUACCUUGGUGUGAUUGAGAAGAUUCCGCAUCUUCUAGGGCUUGGCAUCAAUGCAGUGGAACUGUUGCCUGUUUUUGAGUUUGAUGAGUUGGAGUUACAAAGGCGUCCAAAUCCCCGAGAUCACAUGAUGAAUACAUGGGGAUAUUCUACAAUAAACUUCUUUGCUCCUAUGAGUCGCUAUGCAAGUGCUGGAGGUGGACCUGUAGCUGCUUCUCGUGAGAUCAAAGAAAUGGUGAAAGCUUUACAUGGUGCAGGAAUUGAGGUUAUUUUGGAUGUAGUUUAUAACCAUACUAAUGAAGCAGAUGACGAAAACCCUUAUACAACUUCAUUUCGUGGAAUAGAUAAUAAGGUGUAUUAUAUGGUGGAUUUUAGCAAUAACUGUAAAUUGCUUAAUUACUCAGGCUGUGGGAACACCUUAAACUGCAACCACCCUGUGGUCAUGGAACUCAUACUUGACAGUUUGAGGCACUGGGUCAUUGAGUAUCAUGUGGAUGGAUUUCGAUUUGACCUUGCAAGUGUUCUCUGUCGAGGAACUGAUGGUUCUCCACUUAAUGCUCCUCCACUUAUUAAGGCCAUCGCUAAGGAUGCUACUUUGUCAAGGUGCAAAAUCAUUGCAGAACCUUGGGACUGUGGAGAUCUUUAUCUUGUUGGAAGAUUUCCAAAUUGGGACCGGUGGGCUGAAUGGAAUGGAAAGUACCGUGAUGAUGUGAGAAUGUUCAUAAAGGGUGACUUGGGUAUGAAAGGAAGUUUUGCGACACGUGUGGCUGGAUCUGCUGAUCUAUACAAAGUAAACAAGCGCAAGCCAUAUCAUAGUAUCAAUUUUGUCAUUGCACAUGAUGGGUUUACACUGUACGACCUUGUAUCCUACAAUAACAAGCACAAUGAAGCUAAUGGAGAGGGCGGCAAUGAUGGAUGCAAUGAUAAUUUUAGUUGGAACUGUGGUUGUGAAGGAGAAACUGCCGACAACAAUAUAAAAGCUCUGCGCUCCCGUCAAAUGAAAAACUUCCAUUUGGCUUUAAUGAUCUCCCAGGGAACACCGAUGAUGCUAAUGGGGGAUGAGUAUGGCCAUUCACGCUUUGGAAAUAACAAUAGCUAUGGACAUGACACUGCGAUAAACCAUUUCCAAUGGGGACAGUUGGAUACCAGAAGAAGUAGCCACUUCAGGUUCUUCUCAGAGAUGAUAAAGUAUCGCCGAAUGCAUCCUGUUUUUGGACGUGAAAAUUUUCUUGACAAACACAAUGUGACUUGGCAUGAGGACAAUUGGGACAACUAUGAGAGCAAGUUCCUCGCAUUUACGCUUCAUGAGAAUCAUGGGGGAGACAUCUACGUUGCAUUCAAUGCACAUGACUAUUUUGUUAAAGCUAUAUUACCCUCACCACCACACAAGAGGCGCUGGUUCCGAGUGGUAGACACCAAUCUCAAGUCUCCCGAUGAUUUCAUCCCUGAAGGUGUCCCAGGCGUUGGAAGUACAUAUAAUGUUGCUCCUUACUCUUCAAUUAUCUUUGAGGCAAAACCAUGAAAGUGGAUGGAAGUCAUUAAUGGUUGACAACCUUCAAAUGAUAUUCAGAAAUAUGAGGAAGUUGGUGAGAGUCUGAAAUUUUCGAGGAUACAUUGCAAUAGGCUCACUUUGUAUAUAAAUAAUUCCCUGUAAAUAACAGCUAUUGUUAUGUCUGAAACUUAUGGUAGCUGGUAUCCCCUUGUUUGGGAUUAGAAAUAAUUUUUCAAUUUUAAUAUGUUUAUUUUCUUGGAAU